CUAAAAUUACGAUGACGUUAUUUACAGAAAUAUUGUUAUGUUCGUAAAUGUGAACAUAUUAAUUGGUUUGAAACAUAGACAUCUUAAAAGUUUUAUUGUUUACAACAAUUUAUAACCUGAAAACAAAUGUCAGUUGUUUACAAACUACUGUGUUUUAAUCUGUCUCUGAAGUUUUAAAGAUUUAUUGAAGCUAGUCUGUGAUUAGAAGCUAACUUAUGUGUAUAAUGUGGAAUAUACUCUGUGUUAUGUAGGCUGACAUGACGUGGAAUGGUGUGAAAAAGUGUUUCGUGCCCGUUUGUUUGAAUAAUUCAAUUGACUCCCCCCAAAAAUAUUUCUUUACGUUGCCGAGGUCGGAAAAAAGGAGAAAAGAAUGGCUCGAUACCGUUAAUUUGCCAUUUAAAAAGACGACGAGGUUUUGUUGUGAAGAUCACUUCAAUUUAGAAAAAGACUGUACCAACUAUUUGUAUGCCUGUUUAAAAGGAAAACCAACUCUAAGAAGAUAUGUUGUUCCUCAUUUAUUUCUGUGUACUCCCAAUCCAGAUAUCGACUAUUCCCAAUUGGGCAAACGGGAACAUCCUUGGAAGCCUAAGCCCCGAAUAAAGAGGACGAAAGCUGUGGUUUCAACUGUUGAAGAGAAGAAUAAUGUACCUAGAAUGCCACAACCUAAGAAAAAGAAGACUAGAGAAGAAAUAUUAGCACAGAAGCGAGAAAAUGAAAGGAAACGUUAUGAACGAAUGAAAAAUAACCCAGACAAGCUAGAAAUUUUAAAAGAAAAGAAAAAAGAGUAUUAUUUAAUGUCAAGAACUACAGGAAAAAUAAAAACAAUAUCUGAAAUGACCGAACGUGAAAAAAGACGUUGUAGGAAGUCAUGGCGGACUAGAUCUAGCAAAUAUUAUAAGAAAAAAUGUGAUGCUAAAGAGACUACUACACAUUUUACGAGAGCCACCAAGGUAUCAAGCUCACGUUGUCCGGAUAUAGUUUGUCAACCAUCAACGUCCCAAAUUGUGCCUUCACCACUUCAAGGACCAUCUGCCAGAAACCGAGAAAAUGCAAGAAAACGUUAUGAACGAAUUAAAAAUAAUCCGGACAAGUUAGCAAUUUUAAAGGAAAAGAAAAGACAGUAUUAUUUGAAGUCAAAAAUUACAGGAAAAAUAAAAACAAUAUUUGAAAUGACCGAACGUGAAAAAAGACGUUGUAGGAAGUUAUGGCGGACCAGAUCUAAUAAAUAUUACAAGAAAAUAUGUGCUGCUAAAAAGUCUGCUAUAGAAGCCACCACUUCAUCAAGCCUGUGUAGUGAAGAUUUAGUUUGUCAACCAUCAUCGUCCCAGAUUUUGCAAGAACCAUCUGCCAGUCAGCCGUCUAGGUUAAGGGUGGCUAGACAAAAGUGUAAACGAAACAAAGAAAUAAAAGAGAAGGAUGGACGAAUUAACAAACUGCAAGGUAAGGCACAAGAUGGUGUUUCCACCUCAUCCAGUGAACCAUCGAAUACCAGUAUGCAUGAGGAUAAAAUGUUUUUUGAGAGGAUAACACCUUAUUUGGAAAAACUGAAUUCGUAUAAGAAGAAGGAAUUAAAACAAAAAAUUGUAAUGUUGCUUACCAUAUAUAGCAAACAAAAUUUAUCACAUGUUACAGAUACAAUGAGGUUAAGCGUAGAUGAACUUUUAAAAGUUGUAAGGAAUAACCACACACUUAUGUCUUUAUAUGAGACAGAGAUUUCAUAGAAAAAGCCAAUAAAACACAAAAUAUGUUAUAUAUGACAUUGGACAAAAGGGAUCCAGAUACAUUUGAAAAAAUGCACACAUGCGAUUCGAAGAAAAUAGAGAAUUAAUUGAUUAUUAAAUGUUGAUGAUGAUGAUGUUACAUUUAAGGAUGACUAGUUAUCAAAUUAUACACUGCCAUCCAACAAUUUUCUAAAGCACAAAUAUAUUUAUAAAAUCUUUUAUGUUUGUAAAAAAUAAAAUUUUUAUACA